AGCUUCAAUGAAAUCUGCCUGCUUGCAGUCUUAAAGAGACUGCAGACACUGGAACCGCUCCUUCCUCUGCUUCCGUUUGCUUCUUCCCCAAGAGCUUCAGCCCAGAAAUACCACCAGGAAGGAUGAAGAGAGAUAAUUGGUGAUAGGCUAGCAAUGCAGGAGUGGAGAGGUGACGCGUUAGUUUCUUUUGAAUCACUUUUCUUUAGCAUCUGCUAAGGAGGAUCUAUUACUUUCAUCCAAAGAGGCUGAGAUCAGGCUAAAACCCUGCAAGGAGAUGAAGGACGAUCAUGCUGGCUGAGUAAAGUUGUGGCUGCCUAGUCUGAGACAAUGGUUUUGUCUGUUCCAGUGAUUGCUCUAGGAGCUACCUUGGGGACGGCUACAAGCAUCCUUGCCAUAUGUGGUCUCACCUGCUUAUGCAAAUGCAAGAGAGCUGGGAAAGCAUCUCCUGACAAGGAAAAAGGUCUAGACGUUGAAAAUGCCAAGCCCAGUGUGCUUCAGACAGUCCAGCAGUUCAGCGUUGAGAAGACAGCAGAACCUGUACAGCCCAGGACAAUCUUGAAGUUUCCCCACAUAUAUGGUCCAAAGCCUGUAGUGACUUCAUCAGAAAUUGUUAACUAUGGAAACUACACCUUGAAGACAAUGAAAGAGCCAAGCAAAGGAAAACUGGAAGUUCUGGAUGAGAAAAGGGUGAACAUACAAGUCAAUGAAGAGUUAUUUAUUCUUCCUCAAAAUGGUGGAAUGAAGGAUGUGUGUGUCACUGAGCGCCUGAGUCCUGAAAAGGCUGCUGGCUGCAGCCAGAUGCCAGAACUGCGCUAUUCUCUUGGCUACAACCAACAGAAAAAUGCACUGUGUGUUGUUUUUCUUGAAAUUAUAUAUGAAACCACAACAGGAGACCAGAACAAUGGCUGUGAUUGCUACAUCCUAGGCAGUUUGGUGAGCAAGUCUGGCACUACAGAAGCCCAGACGGUGCUGAAAAAGAAGCAGCCCCAUGUGGUCUGGGAGGAUGCUCUGCUGUUUCCAGUCAAAGAGGAGGAGUUACCAGAGGGGACGUUGACUCUCACCUUGAGAAACUGUGACAAGUUCUCUCGGCAUAGCAUUGUUGGGGAAGUUAAGCCAAGGCUGGCAAAUGUGGGGGAGCCAUAUGGAACAGUGCAGUCUGAGAAGAUGAAAGCCUUGGACAAGGAGCCAGAUGCAGGCUAUGGAGAAGUUCUUCUUUCUGUCAGUUAUCUGCCUGCGGCAAACCGUCUACUUGUUGUACUCAUAAAAGCCAAGAAUCUCCAUUCUAAACAGUUAAAAGAGCUCCUUGGAAAGGACAUAUCUGUGAAAGUGACACUGAAACACCAGGCCCUGAAACUGAAAAAGAAGCAGACGAAGCGUGCAAAACACAAGAUCAACCCAGUUUGGAAUGAGAUGAUUAUGUUUGAGGUGCCCCAUGACCUGCUCUGUGCCUCCAGUGUGGAGUUGGAGAUGUUAAGUCAGGAUGGUGAUGGGCAAAACCACUUACUGGGCAAGUGCAGUCUUGGCCUGCAUGCCACUGGCACAGAAAAGAGUCACUGGGAGGAGAUGCUGAGGAAUCCCAGAAAGCAGAUUGCUAUGUGGCAUCAACUUCACAUGUAACUAAGGAGGUAGAAAUACUGGUCAGCUCUUGCUCACUAGACUGAUGUCAGUGCUGGGGGAAUAUAAGAGCUUUUUCAAUAUCCCCCAAAACCUGAAUCAGAUCCAUUCACAUGAUCAAGCACAACUCUUGUACUAUUGAUGUUGUCCCUGUUUCCUUCUAAAAGAAUUCUUUAUACAUAGGCUAAGCAAAGUGUGGAAUGGUUCACUGAUCCAUGGUAAUUCCUGGUUUGGUUGCACAAUCAUAUUCCCACUUUUUUUUAGGUUUUUGCACCUAGAAUAAAAUGUAUUUAUUUAUUUUACUAAUUUAUAUAUUAUUUCUGAUAAGCGAAUUGAAAGGUAAGUUGAAAGUGAUUCCAGACAUUAAGAGGUGUCUUAGUCAUUCUUUAGGAACUUUUUAGUGCUGAUGAAAACAUUUUGCACUGGAACACCUGGAGGAAGAGUUGGAUGGGAAGUAUCAAGCGUUGAGUUUGACCAAACAUUUCACAAGACACAAAGAUCCUGCUGAAUAUUCAUUUUUUAACUUCAGGCAUAAUUAGAACAAACAGCAGGCUUCACUUUACCAAAUAUCUAAUUUUAAAUUAAAAGCAAAAAUAUGUCGGUUAUUUAGCUAGUCAUUAGCCAGCUUCCCAGCUGAUAAACAAUCUCUAUCCUCAGCUUCACCCAUAGUGCUGCCUAACCCAGUACUAUAAAGUGUAUGCAAAAUAUAUGGCUAGCAAACAUGGCAGGACCUCAGAUCCUGACAGACAGAGAGGUAUAUGGCAGAUGAGAAAAGCAAAAUCACUAAACCUUUAGAUUAAUUUUUUUAUUUGUAUCCUGCUCUACAGCAUAAGAUUUAUGAGAGGUUUACAGUAAAAUCAAAUGAAAUUGUUCAAAGCAACAUAAGAUUUGCAACACACACACACACACACACACUUUCAAAAUCGCUUGGAGGGUCCAGAUCCUGUCUUAUCUUGGAAUCUAAGCAAGAUCAAGCCUUGUUAGUACUUGGAUGAUGAUUGCCAAGGAGGACCAGGUGCUGGAGGAUAUAGUUCAGAAGAAGGCAAUGGCAAAACAAUUAACGAUUCCUUGCUUAAGAAAAUUCAUCGGGUUAUAAAUCAUAAUUCAUAAAUCAGUGUGCAAGCUCAUUUAAACAGUUUCAAAAUUUAGAACAGUUCAAAACCAUGUGCAUGUACAGAUUUGGAUGAAAGCAUUAGGUUCCAAAGGCUUUAAUUUAAAAGCCACAUUUUAUCAGAAUGCCAGAAUGAUACCAGACCUAGCACCAGUUGAGACUCCAAGGGGAGGUCAUUCAGUAACCAGAUGUCACAGCUUAGCAGGCCCUCUCCCAUAUCCUCACAUUCUGUAGUCUUUCCAUUGGUGGAACAUGGAAGAGGUUCCUUCCAACAGAUCUCAAUUCUCAGGCAAUCUUAUACAGUGGUCCCUUGCCUUAUGUGGGGAUCUGUUCCGGACCCCGCCGCAUAAGGCAAGUUCCGCCUAUGCUCAAGUCCCAUUGAGGAUAAUGGGGCUUGUGUAUGCAGCGGCAGGGCGGUGCAAAUGCUGUGGCAUGCACAUUAUUCAUUGAAUGGUGUGGGGCUUCCAGCAUAAACUGGAAGCCGCAUAAAAUAUGUAUAGGGAUAUAAGACUACUGAAGCAUGAAAUAAGACAACAAAUGCUCCAUGACUUCUAUUGCACUAUUUUCCGUAUUAGAAGUCAGUGCUGUGCAAACUGUAGGGAUUGCUUGUUGGAUAUUCUAUCUAGCUUAAGAGUUAGUAAAUAUAUGGUUAUAAGAGAGAUAAAGUGAUUGUCAGCAGUCUCUGUAGCUCAGUCCUUUCUUAAACAGGGAUUUGUCAAUUUUUGUUUGUUUAUUGGUUGCACUUAUUCUCAGCUUGUCUUUUGGAAAACCUGCGAAUCCAGACUUGUUUAGCUUCAUCCAUGGUGCAGAAACAGGUGUGCCUAAAUAAUACAUUGUUCUUCCCCAGUAAUACAAAAAUGUUUCCUAUGUCUCUGUAGCAGCAGAGGGAGAGCGGUUAACAACGGCCAAAGCAUACAGGACAUAGGUAGGGUCCAUGUAAGUGACCACCAUAGACCAUUUAAUUUAUUAGUUAUGUGUGGUUCAGAAUUUGGAAAAGUUAUAUUUAGACAAUAGUUCUCAUGAUCCCCUGCUUAAUGUAGCCAAUGACCAGGAGAUUCUGGGUGUUGUAGAUCUGCCCUGUCUUAAUUGACUUGCGAUUUCCUUCCUGGCUUGAAAAGGCCACCUCUUGGCCUAAGACAGUUCCCUCAAACAUGACAAAAUUGCACCUCCAACCCAUCCUAGAGCAGUGGUUCUCAACCUUCCUAAUGCCAUGACUCUUUAAUACAGUUCCUCAUGUUGUG